GUCAUAUAGUACACAAGCUGUUUUAAAUUCUGGAAAAAGUCACAUGAAGAAGAGGUCAACUGGUUCAGAGGCUAAUUUCAGCGCAAGUACUGCACUGUGGAAUGGUUUUUCCCCAUCCUGUAUUGACUUUUAGACCAAAGAAAAAGUUUGAGCCUUAAAGCACACUUAAAUUUAACCUACACAAGCAAGUAAUUGCUUCGCUGAAUAGGGAUAGAUCUAAAGGAGGUUGUAAAGUUGCCCUCAGGGGAAGAUCAAAAUGAUUGAGUUGCUGUUCAUGUGGUGGACUUCUUCAACAGGAUCAACCUCUUGCAUGGUACAAUCUGUGAAUACUGUACAGACCAAACAUGCCCAACAAUGUCUGGUAGGCCACGGUAUGAGUACAUGUGGUGUGAUGGCCACCACUACAAGAAGCCCACGGCACUGCCAGCACCUCAGUACAUCACCUUGCUGAUGGAGUGGGUGGAGUCACAGAUCAACGACGAAACCAUCUUUCCUAUCAAAGUUGGUGGAGUCACAGAUCAACGACGAAACCAUCUUUCCUAUCAAAGAGUGCCGUUUCCCAAGAACUUCCUGCAAACUGUGAAGAAGAUUGUGACACGGCUGUUCAGAGUAUUUGUUCAUGUUUACAUUCACCACUUCGACAAAUUAGUUGCCAUUGGAGCUGAAGCCCAUGUUAACACCUGCUACAAACAUUUCUACUACUUUGAUACCGAAUUCAGCCUUGUUGACAAGAAGGAAUUAGAACCACUGAAGAUUUCAUUGGAACAUAUCGGCAUAUCCAUGAAAGAUUUCUUCACAGACUCCGCUGCUUAAAGUUUGCUUUAAUGUUAAUUACUUCAGAUACAACGGAUAUGUUUGUUUAUUAAAUAUAACAGAUGUUACUACACGAUAGUGAAUCUCUUUAAAUAAUUUUUGUUAAAUGGCAUAAUAAAUUUUGAUGUCUUUAAGCAGGCAUACACUUGCAUAUUGUAGGUGUGUACACAUUGUUAGGAGUAUCAUGCAGACCUCAAAUUGUGCAUGUAUACAUUUUAAUAAGAACAUUUGUUACAACUAUUAAAAAGCAAUGUUAUUGCAGUUAAUAGAAUGUUUUUAAAUUUUACUUAGGGGUAGGAAAUGAGAUGGGAUUUAAAAAAAAAGAAAAUAUUGGGCCAGUGUAGUUGCUAGGUUAUUUUCCGUUUUGUAUUAUUGCUGAUCAUAAACUCAUAUGUCCAUGGUAUGGUAUACAGUGAACUCCUCCCGAUGACAGGAAGUCAAGGGAUUUGUAAGAAAACCGAGCCAUUUAAACUUAGAGUUAACUUAAUGUCUAUUUCUUUGUUUGCGCAAUUAAGAUUAAGUCAACUAUUAAUAUUCUUUUAAGCUCACCUGAGCACAACGUGCUCAUGGUGAGCUUUUGUGAUCGCUUUUUGUCCGUCGUCCGUUGUGCGGCUUCAACAUUUGCCUUGUUAACUCUCUAGAGGCCACAUUUAUUGUCCGAUUUUCAUGAAAUUUGGUCAGAAGAUUGGUUUCGAUGAUAUCUUGGAUGAAUUUGAAAAUGGUUAUGUUUGCUUGAAAAACAUGGCUGCCAAGGGGCGGGGCAUUUUUUCUUUUAUGGCUAUAUAUGGCUAUAGUAAAAUCAUGUUAACACUCUAGAGGCCACAUUUAUUGUCUGAUCUUCAUAAAACUUGGUCAGAAGAUUCAUCCCAAAAAUAUCUUGGACGAGUUCGAAAAUGAUGCUGGUUGGUUGAAAAACAUGGCCGCAAGGGGUGGGGCAUUAUUCCUUAUAUGGCUAUAGUAAAACCUUGUUAACACUCUAGAGGCCACAUUUAUUUUCCAAUCUUCAUGAAACUUGCUCAGAAGAUUUGUCCCACUGAUAUCUUGGAUGAGUUCAAAAAUGGUAACCUUUGCUUGAAAAACAUGGCUGCCAAGUGGCGGGACAUUUUUCCUUAUAUGGCUAUAGUAAAAUCUUGUUAACACUCUAGAGGCCACAUUUAUUUCCAAUCUUCAUGAAACUUGGUCAGAAGAUUCAUCCUAAUAAUAUCUUGGGAGAGUUCGAAAAUGAUGCCAUUUGGUUGAAAAACAUGGCCGCCAGGGGACGGGUCAUUUUUCCUUACAUGUAUAUGGCUAUAUAUAUAGUAUAACCUUGUUAACACUCUAGAGGCCACAUUUAUUGUCCAAUCUUGAUGAAAUAUGGUCAGAAGACAUAGAUUUUUUAAUACAUCCAAAUACUAGUAUAACUGUUACAAUGCACCAAUAAUUUUAAUGAACAUCUUAGUUUUGAUAACGGCAUUUUAUACAGUCAGAGAAAGUUUAUUUCUUUAAAUAGUAUACAGUGAAAGAAUGGAUAAACUCAUAAAACAUAUGCAUUAACAAAACUGAAUGUGAAUAUAUGAAAUACGUAAAAAGCGUAUUGUAUGAUUGCAAAGAUUAUUGGUGCUGAGUUGAUGUGUCAUGGCCAUAUUGUAGUGCAGACCUGUGUUGCUGUUGCCAUGGAUUGCCAAGUAUGAAUCUGUCAGUGCCUUAGUAGUUGUCAUUCUGAUUGGUUUAAUUAUGAAUUGUCAACCUGAUGAGGCACUGCUGAAUAGUGGACAUUUAAUGAAGAGCAAGGCACAACUGUGUGUUUGCAAGUUAAGUUCCAAAUAGAAUAUUAUGAAGUAGCUCCCCAUUUUAAUUGUGCAAGAAGCAUUUUUAAGCUUGGCUGUUUUCGGAAAAAACCCGAGGUAUUGUCAUAGCCAGCUUGUCGUCUGCCGUCCGCCGUGCUAAAACCUUAACAUUGGCUCUAAAAUCAAAGUGCGUCCACCUGCAACUUUGAAACAUCAUAUGUAGAUGCACCUUGAUGAGUUCUACAGGCCACACCCAUUUUGGGUCAAAGGUCAAGGUCACUUUGACCUCUAAAAAAAAUAUUUUUUAAUCUGAAAAGUUUUCAUUUAUUCACAAAAGCACCCACAGCCGAGCGUUGGCACCCGUUAUGCGGUGCUCUUGUUCAAGAAUCACAUCAUUUUGUAACUGAUGUCAGUGGUAUCUGAUCUUUUGAUUCUUCCUUUUUUCUUUGUUUACAAUUUUGUUCUUAUGUUAUUGUUUUUCUAUUGCAUGUUUUUGUCAGAUUAUUGCAUAACCUAUGUGUGCCAAUUGUAAAUAAUGACAACUAUUAUAUUUCUAUUUUGAUUGCAGGUUUUUUAAUAGGUAUACAUGCAUUUCUUUGCUUCAAAACUCAAUGUGUAUGAAUUAUUAUAGAGACCAGUUUUUAAAUUUAACAAAUCUUGAACCUUUAUAACAUUAAAAAAAAAGUACAUUAUAGGUGAAAGUUAAAGUGAUACUAGUUACGGUUUUAUUCUUCGAAAAACUUUAAUAUUUAUUGAUAAACAGAAUGUUUACCAUAUACGUUAACUACAUUUUUUAAUACUAAUAAUCACCCGUUAGUUCUAUGACAUACCUGUAAUAUUUAAAAAUUAUUAUGUGUUACCAAGAUCAGAUCUCAUAUUUUCUAAUAAUCUUAAAAUAAAUAACAAGUAGCAUGUAAAUAACUAUGCAUUAAAAUGUAAUGUUAAAGCACUUUUAUAUUAUCGUGUUGAUCCUUACAAAUUUUUCAUGUUAUAAAUUGAACUGAUUUUUAGCUCGGCUGUUUUCGGAGAAAACCCGAGGUAUUGUCAUAGCCAGCUCGUCCUGUCCGCUGUCCGUGUCAAGGUUUGUUUAGUUUUUUAACAUUGGCUCUAAAAUCAAAGUCCUUCCACCUACAACUUUGAAACUUCACAUGUAGAUGCAACUUGAUGAGUUUUACAUGCCACAUCCAUUUUUUGGUCACUAGGUCAAAGGUCAAGGUCACUGACCUCUAAAAAAAAUAAUCUGACACGCUUUUGCAGCCGAGCGUGGCACCCGUUAUGCGGUGCUCUUGUUAGGUAUUUUACACGCCGCGUGAUACCGACUUAUAAUAUAUGUAAUAUAUUUCUGUCAAUGCCUCACAUAUUACUGAAGCUAUUUUCUUUUGUAUCCUGUACAAGUACUCUUCUUUUAAAUAAAACUGAUAUAAAAUCA